CAAUCAUGGAAGACUUUAAUAAGUAUGCUGUUCAUACUGAUUUUUCUUCUUGUAGGACUUCAAAAUUGUGAGUGGCUUAAAGACACAGAUUUUCCUCAAAAAUCCAGACAAGUACAUGCUGCAAUUACAGAAUAUGGCUCAAGGCUUUAUAAUUACCAGGCCAGAGUUCGUAUGCCAAAAGAGCAACUGGAACUUUUAAAAAAGGAAAGUCAAAUUUUGGAAAACAAUUUCCGUGAAAUUCUAUUUUUAAUAGAACAAGUAGAUGUUCUAAAGGCAUUACUAAAAGAAAUGAAGGAUGAUGGGCACAAUCAUGGCUGGAAUGUUCCUCUUGAGGAACAGGACAAGGACAUUCUCGAUGAGGAAAUAUCAAAGUUGGUAAAUUAUGUACUUAAAAAGUUGAGAGAGGAUCAAGUCCAGAUGGCUGAUUAUGCCCUGAAGUCUGCUGGAGCCUCCAUCAUUGAAGCUGGAACUUCAGAAAGUUACAAAAAUGAUAAAGCAAAACUCUAUUGGCAUGGGAUAGGGUUCUUAAUUUAUGAAAUGCCUCCAGAUAUUAUUCUUCAGCCAGAUGUCCAUCCUGGAAAGUGCUGGGCUUUUCCAGGUUCCCAGGGUCAUACUUUUAUCAAGCUAGCCAGGAAGAUUAUACCAACUGCUGUUACCAUGGAGCACAUCUCAGAGAAGAUCUCUCCCUCAGGAAACAUCUCCAGUGCACCCAAAGAAUUUUCUGUCUAUGGCAUCUCAGAAGAAUGUAAAGGAGAAGAAAUUUUCCUAGGCCAGUUUAUAUAUGACAAAGAAGAAACCACUGUUCAAACAUUUGAGCUCCAGCAUGAAGUUUCUGAAUCUUUGUUAUGUGUGAAACUGAAAAUCCUCAGCAACUGGGGGAACCCAAAGUAUACGUGUUUAUAUCGAUUCAGGGUUCAUGGAAAACCAGGAAAUCACACCUAG